UGCAUUGACGACGCUCCACAGGCCUUCAAGCAACAUGUCAAUGGCUAUCUAAGAAGACAACUCAAUCGGCGACUCAUUUUUCGUCUUUGAUUGGAAUUGUUCGCUCUCGCUUCCCCUUUGUGAUGUUUACCGCAAGAAACCUUCAAAGGCACUCUGUUAGAGCCCUCAAUUUUCUCAUUUCCAGCAAUCCUACAGAGAAUGCGGUGCUACCCAAAGGAGGCAAUUCUCGGCCUAUGGACGGGAAUUAUCGGCCUGUACUUCGAAUUAAAGAGGCGACAAAGCCAUUUAUGUUUACUAGAAUUCGGAAUCAAAGAGCCAUUUAUGUUGACGGGGCUCGAGGGAUGUCAGGAAAGAGCAUGAGGAGCAAAGUGGAGGCGCGGCUGAUUAAAGAGACGGGCAAAACCCUAAGAGAACGUAGGAGAGCUGGUAAACUUCGGAAGAAGUUGAUGACUGAAGAGGAAAGGCUUUUAUAUAAUCUUAGAAGAGCAAAGAAAAAAGUGGCAUUGCUUCUUCAGAAGCUGAAAAAAUAUGAGCUUCCAGAGCUGCCAUCCCCGAAGCAUGAUCCUGAGCUUUUGACCCCCGAGCAGCUUCAGGCAUAUAAGAAGAUUGGUUACAAGAAUAGAAACUACGUUCCUGUUGGUGUCCGAGGUGUUUUUGGGGGAGUUGUCCAGAAUAUGCAUCUUCACUGGAAGUUCCAUGAGACUGUUCAAGUUUGUUGUGAUAAUUACCCUAAGGAAAAAAUUAAGGAGAUGGCCUCCAUGUUAGCACGACUGAGUGGUGGUAUUGUGGUUAACAUUCAUAAUGUGAAAACCAUUAUUAUGUUCCGUGGAAGAAAUUACAGGCAACCCAAAAAUCUGAUUCCUAUCAACACACUUACAAAAAGGAAGGCACUAUUUAAAGCAAGAUUCGAGCAGGCUCUAGAUUCACAGAAAUUGAACAUAAAGGAUUAUGAACAAAAACUCCGUAGAAAAGGGAUUAAUCCUGAUGAUCCGGUGGCCAUGGCUAGCAUACAACGUGUAGCUUCCACAUUCUUCAAUGCCAUCGACCAGAAAGAAGGAAGCCCUUAUGUUUUCCAAGGCCACAAAAGCAACCAAGCUGGUCCCAGCAGCAGUGACAUAGAGCAACAUCAAUCUGAUGAAGAAAGUGAUCAGGAGGAGCUUGACCGUUUUAUAGCUGACAUAGAAAGGGAAGCUGAUAGAGAAUGGGCUGCUGAGGAAGCAGCGGAGAAGGAAGAACUUGGGAGAAUCAGAUAUUUGAACCAGGAGGAUUUCGGUGGUCGGCCCAGAAGAAGAUCAGAGAAUGGAAGUGAUGGUGAAUCAGAUCGUGAGUUAGGAAGGACAAGGAACUGGAAUGAUAAACGUGGCAUGAAGUAUGUUCAUGAUGCCAGUGAUGAAGAUGACAAUAUUUCUGAGGAUGAUGAUCGAUGGCGUUCCAGAGGGAAAAGUAAUUAUGAUAAUCAUAGAGAGUACAACAGUAGAAACCAAAACAUAAGAAGCUGGGGAAAAACAAAUAUUGGCAAGGAUAGGGGUAAUGGGAAGUCCGAGACAUAUGGUAAACCUAAAUUUGAAGAGAAGAUGUCAGAUGAGUCUGCUUCGGAUGAUACGCUUAGUGAUCUUGAGGAUGCAAUGUGGGAAUCAGACGAAGGGGACGAAGAGUGCAUAAAAGAAAGCACAACCAAUGGUGCUGCUGGUAACACCAAAGCGAGUCAUGGGAACAAGAUGAAGGUCUAUAAGUCAAAACAAAUGGAUGAAUGGGACAGUGGUUAGUGAAAAGGCUUCAUGUUGUAACUAGUACCGUGCAAUUGUGCAUUGAGGAACCUUGUGUUUGGGACUUGUGCGAAAGAACACUGAACAACAACAUCCUGGUUUUGUUGGGUGGCUUACAGUUGGGAGUUGAAAUCAAUCGGGAGGGAUGCAGGCUUAGACAGUAUAUUCUUAGUCAAUUUGAUUCAAGACUAAGAAUUUUAGACAACCAUAUCACAUGGACACUACCUAAUUAGACUCGCGUGGAUUGUAUACUACUGUAAGAGUAGUAUACUACUGUCUAAGGAAAACACUGUCUAAGAGAACCUGUUUGAUUCAAUAAUUUAAUACUACUGUAUAACUUUUCUUCUUUCAACCCGGUGUCCUCUGACUCUCUGAGGCUGCAGGGGUGGGGGCAUAGACCCACAAAAUGAAAAAACUUUAAGGCCAAUAUAUGACUUUUGUUGUUGUUGGGUGUAGACUAAUUUUUCGUGAAUUAAGAGCCCGUUUGGUAACAUUGAAAUUGACUGAUUCUGCUGAAAUUUGUGACUUCUAACUGAAAUGGUUGUAUUGGCUGAUUUUGCAUUUUUGCUGAUUUAUGAAUUUUUUUUAAAUAUUUUUGAUUAAUAAAAUACUUAUUCCGCUAAAAAAGAUUGAUCAAAUUGACUUUUCUUGAUCAAUGGUGGUUAAGUUUGACCAAUAAUAUCUUUUAAUACAAAAUCAUUUACGUAGUAAAAUAUAAAUAUUAUGUGUGCAUAUUCUUUAUUAAAAAAUCUUUCAUAAAAAUAAUAUCAUUGUUUAAGUAUUACACACAAAUAUAAUAGCUAAAAUCAUUCUUUAAAUUUUAACAUCACGAAAGGCUGAGUGAGUAAUAGGGAGACGAGACUUACGUCUUCACUCUUCAGUGGAACAAAGUAGCAGCCGGUGGGAACGAGUAUACACUUAUAGACAUCGAAGAACGGAACGCCAAGUCGCCGACUCGCUGACCGCCCUGCCGCCGACUCUUGGCCGCCUCCUUCCCUGCCCCUGCAAGUGUCAAGUGCUCACUCGAUCACUCCCCACUUCAUCAGCCUUCUGGUGCCCCCGCUCUCCUUACUGCGAUUCAGCGCUCCACGCUUCAGCCUGCUAGAUUGUCAGCUCAGCAUGGUGGGGUUCAAGAAUAGAUACAUGGUAAUGGAAGUACUUUUGGAUCCAAAUAAGGACAUUGUGGGAAAUGACCCUAUUAUUAUCACACAAUUCAAUCUCUCAAAAUCUAUCAAAGAUAGCAUUCUGGUGAACUUUGGAGAGUGUGGUCUAGCCUCUUCGCUCAACUCAUUUCAAGUGAAGUAUGUCAACCCUAUAACAAAAGUUUUCAUCAUCAGAGCAUCCAGGGAAGAUUAUAAAGAAGUUUGGGCUGCAAUCACCUUAAUUAGGAAUAUAGGGAACUGCCCGGUGGUAUUCAACUUGUUGGAUCUGAGUGGAAGUAUCAAGGCCUGCAAAAAUGCUGCUUUGAAGUGUGAAAUGUCAAAGUUUGAGCACUAUAAGUUGCUAGGUGGAAGCAAUCUUAAUGGAGAUGUGGAGCAGCAGAUGACUAAUUGUCUUGAAAAGAUCAAAGUUUUGGAGCACUGAAAUAUGAAACAAGUCUUUCAUGGCUGCUCACGCCCGCACGUCCUGCACAUAGCUCAUCCAGGGCAUCCAAUCCGCUAUCCGCUACCCGCUGCGGUGCAACACGUAGAAGAUUCUGACUUUGGCACUUGAAGAAUUGGCGAGUUGGAAUUUUAGCCUGAUCGGUGAAAGAAAAAUAUAACACAACGCCGGAACGCCCUAUGCCCCAGGCUAUGAAGAAUUGAGGUGUCUUACUGUGAAUCUUUUUAAAUAAAUUUUAUAUGUUUGAAUUCAUGAAUUGAGUAAUUAACUCCUGAACAUUUGAUGAAUUUAUGCAAGACAUUUAUAAUAUAAAAUCCGUAAAUACAUUAAUGAUCUA